UUCCAGUCUUAUGCGGUGGAAGUAGAUGUAAAGGAUGGCGCUAAUGCUACGUGCCUGUAUGCAAACUGGAUGAUGAGGUUCUUGAUAACAUAUGAAACAAACAGUAGUGAUUAUAAAAACACAACCUUGAACCUAUCAUCCAAUGUGACACACGAUGGAAGCGUCUGUGGCAAUGACACACAAGCUGCACUUCUGGCAGUACAGUUUGGAGAAGGUCACUCUUGGAGUGUUAACUUCACAAAAACCAAUGAAACUUACCAGGGGGACUUCAUCACAUUUACCUACAACACCAAUGAUACCACUGUAUUUCCUGAUGCUAAAAGAAAAGGACCAGUUACUAUUGUUGUAAAGGAUACUAUGCAGCCAGUUCAACUGAAUAACGUCUUUGUGUGUCAUAAUACCGACUUCCUUGAAGCAGAAAGCGUAACGCAGAUUUUCUGGAAUGUUACUGUGCAGGCUUUUGUUCAGAAUGGCACAAUUGGUAAAAAAGAGUCUAGAUGUCGUGCUGAUACACCUACUUCUGCACCUCCUACUGGUGCCAAUGUAACUACUGCGUCUCCUACCACUGCAUCACCUGCUCCAACUACUGCUCCCAAACCUGUAGAGAAUCCAGAAACUGGAAACUAUUCUCUUAAAAGUGGAAAUAAAACUUGUCUUCUGGCUAAUGUGGGACUCCAGCUGAACGUUUCCCAAGACAAGCCUCUUCUGAUCAACAUCAACCCAAAGACAACUAGUGCAGAUGGUGUCUGUGGUAACACAACAGCUACUCUGAAACUGAACGAUGGAAAUAGCACACUGAUUGGUUUCACGUUUGUUGUUAAAAAUGUAAGCACAACUGCACAAAAAUUUUACCUGAAAGAGGUGAAUGUUACACUGCUCAAUCGUCUGAAUGGUUCUGUCAUCUCAAAUGCAGAUAACAGCAAUUUCAGCAACUGGGAUGCUUUCCUUGGUACUUCUUAUAUGUGCCAGAAGGAGCAAACUCUUGAAAUUAGUGACAAUAUUCAAAUACAUACAUUUAAUCUAUGGAUUCAGCCAUUCCUUGUGGAGGAAAAUAAGUUCUCUACAGCCCAGGAGUGUUCGCUGGAUGAUGACGACAUUCUCAUCCCAAUUGUAGUUGGUGCCGCACUUGCCGGCUUGAUUGCCAUUAUAGUGCUUGCUUACAUAAUUGGCAGAAGAAAAAGCUAUGCUGGAUAUCAAACUUUGUGAAUCUAAGUGUGAUUCCUGUUCUGAUUUCACUCUAAACAAAGCAAGUGCAAGUUCUGAAGUCCAAAAAAGACCCAAAACUUAGGAGUAAUUACUAGCCACAGCUAACUGGAGUUGAGAAACAAAGAGAAUGUUUAUCUCAGAUGAAGCAGAACUACGUUUUUAGUUUUCCUGCUCUAAGAAGACGACGUGGGUUUCAUAGCUGUUCUGAAGAUGUCAAAUACAGAAUGAAUUGCUAGGCUAAGGAUUUUAUCUUGCAAAAACCCUAAAAUGUUUAGGAUUUCUUUCUGCUUUUUACAAAGUGUAGCCUGAAACAAGAACACAUUCUAAACUAACAUGCAUUGGGCAACUCCCAGAAUAGCAUAGAAUUUGUACUUGCUUCUCUCCUCUGCGUUCCUUAGUUGUUGUCAUAACUGUGGGUUCAGCUGGCAGUAUUAGUCACUAUGUUGACUUGUAUAGUAUUUAACAAGGAUUGUAUGAUGC